CUGUAAAACCAGUAGGAGAGAGAGAGAGAGCAAACCAAGCCGGAGCUCUUGGGCGAGCUGAGAGAGAGUUGAAGCGGGAAAAUGGCGACUCCCAUUUUCAAGGCAUCAGUUCCUCACUCCAAUCCACUGUUACACUCCUUGCUUCCACUUCUAUGGACUGGAACUGUAAAUUCAGUUCCAAAGAAGAACAAUCUGCUGCUGCUCCCGCUUCGGGCUUCAUCGGAACUCAACUCUCUCCGGUCAGAGGUGUCGCUCUGUGUUGGAAGUCACCUCAUUCCACAUCCCAACAAGGUUGAAAAAGGUGGGGAAGAUGCAUUUUUCACAAGUAGCUAUAGUGGUGGAGUCCUAGCCAUUGCUGAUGGUGUCUCAGGUUGGGCUGAAGAGGAUGUGGAUCCUGCGCUUUUUUCUCGGGAACUGAUUGCAAAUGCUUCUGCUUUUGUGCCAGACGAGGAGGUAAACUAUGAUCCGCAAGUUCUCAUCAGAAAAGCGCAUGCUGCUACCUCCUCAAUCGGCUCAGCUACCGUGAUUGUGGCUAUGCUGGAGAGAAAUGGAACGCUGAAGAUUGCAAAUGUCGGGGAUUGUGGACUAAAGCUUAUCCGUGAAGGACAGAUAAUAUUCUCCACUACUCCACAAGAACACUAUUUUGAUUGUCCGUACCAACUGAGUUCAGAAACUGUCGGCCAGACAUAUCUUGAUGCUAUGGUUAGCAGUCUGGAAGCGAUCGAGGGGGAUAUCAUUGUGAUGGGUUCAGAUGGUCUUUUCGACAACGUUUUUGAUCAUGAGAUUGUUUCGACAAUUGGCCAACAUAGAAAUGUUAGUGAUGCUGCAAAGGUUCUGGCUAACUUGGCAAGAGUUCAUUCACUGGAUUCGAGCUACGAUUCACCCUAUGCAUUGGAAGCCAGGUCCAAGGGUAUUGAGCCCCCGUGGUGGAAAAAGAUCAUUGGCAUGCAACUCACAGGUGGAAAGCUUGACGAUAUUACUGUGAUAGUCGCCCAGAUUGUAAGUUCGUUAUAGAUGAGGGAUCUUGGAUUGGGAAAAAACAGAACUCAGGCCGGAUGAACCUCAAUCUUAAUGUUGCUGUACAGAAUGCCAAACUUGUGCACUUCAUCAUAGUGGUAGCAAUACGCUUCGAGCAAAUUACUUCAGUUUCUAGUUGGAUUUGAUUCCAGUUACCGACUUCUCAAUAUUCAGCUCAAUAACAUUCAUUAGCGAUCUGGCAAACCUGUUUGUAUGCUAAUUGCUAACAACAAUUGAGCAUGGGAUGAAGUUCUGUAACUGAUGGCAUUGAAGCAUUUCAUUUCAAUAGAUAAUCAAAUUCGAUGGCAUUU